AUGCUGUUGUCAAAUAUACGAUGUUGUAGCUUGAAGUUGAACUUCAAAAGCGCCGUUAACAAUCGAAUAUCCCACACUUGUAUUGUGAAUACUAGACUCUAUUCCGAUGUUAACAAGCCAUCUUUUGAAGAUCAUCGUACUAUAGCUCAAAGACAGAAGCUUUAUAUAACAGACCCAAAAUCACCUGGUUCUAUAUUUUUUCUACCACAUGGGGCGCGUGUGUAUAAUCGACUUGUAGAUUUUUUAAAACUACAGUAUCGUUUAGAGGGGUUUGAAGAGGUUAUGACACCUAUAAUCUAUAAGAAAGACUUGUGGGAACGAAGUGGACAUUGGCAAAACUAUGAAAAAGAGAUCUUUCGUGUGGAGGGAAGCAAAAAGGUUGAAGAAACUGAGGAAGAAAAGAAUGCUGUCUAUGGGUUAAAGCCUAUGAACUGCCCUGGUCACUGUUUAAUAUAUUCUCAUACUGAACGAUCUUACAGAGAUUUACCCCUUCGUUUUGCAGAUUUCAGUCCUUUACACAGAAAUGAGGCUUCUGGGGCUCUUUCUGGAUUAACUAGGCUUCGAUGCUUCCAUCAAGAUGAUGGUCAUAUUUUCUGCGAACCCCAGCAGAUUAAAACAGAAAUAACGAAAACGCUUCAGUUUAUAAAGCACGUCUAUUCCCUAUUAGGUAUGACUAAAAUGAAAUAUUUUUUAAGUACACGACCUGAAGACUCGAUCGGUUCACUUGAAACUUGGAACUUGUCGGAAAACGCAUUAAAAGAAGCGUUGAAUGUCAACGAAGUACCAUGGGUGUUAAACGAAGGAGAUGGUGCCUUCUAUGGACCAAAGAUAGAUAUUAAUGUUGCAGAUGCUCGUGGAAAAUGGCACCAAACGGCAACCAUUCAACUCGAUUUUCAUUUACCUGAGCGAUUCAAACUGUACUAUCGCACAAAAGCUGGUGGCUCCUCAACCGUUGAAGAAAAUGAAAGUAUGCCUGUACUGGUACAUAGAGCUGUUUUUGGCUCCUUAGAACGAUUUAUGGGAAUAUUGAUAGAGCAUAUCAACGGUCACUGGCCAUUUUGGUUAAGUCCACGCCAUGCAGUUAUCCUGCCCGUUAAUCAAAGUCAACACGUAUUAGACUUUGCAAAAAAAAUUCAAAACGAACUUUCCGGUUCGAAUCAAGUUCAAUCGUAUUUCGCUCCCUUAAACCAAACCUAUUUUUACGUCGAUUUGCAAGCUGACGCCCAGUCUUUAGGAAAGAGACUACGCGAAUCUAGGCUUUUGAAUUAUAACUACGAGAUUGUAGUUGGUGAAAAAGAAGUUCAAGAGCAAGUUCUCAGUGUGACGGAUAGACAGAAUCGAAAACCUACUCAACGAAUGACGAUCAAUGAAUUGAGAAACACAUUUGAACAAAAGCUCAGCAACUAUGAGUAG